AUGUCGAUGUGGAACUCCGCCAAAGCCAAGGUGAGAUCGCUGCCAAAUGAUCCUGCGCACUCGUUGUCAGUUCAGCGCUUGCGAACGCUUCAGCAAAAGAAAGAAGCACAGGCUAAGGCUGCUCGCCGCGACAUAGCCAACUUGAUAGAGCGAGGAAAGAUAGAAACUGCCCGUAUCAAGGUAGAGACGAUAAUCAAUGAAGACAUUUAUAUCGAGUUACUGGAGCUCCUGGAAUUGUAUUGCGAGUUGCUAUUGGCGCGAUUCGGGCUUCUAGAUCAGAAUACUCGAGAGCCCGAUCCAGGUAUUGUUGAAGGGGUGUGCAGUAUUAUUCAUGCCGCACCACGUACUGAACUCAAGGAAUUGCAUAUCCUUCGGGAUAUCUUGAUGCACAAAUACGGACGUGAAUUCGCUGUGGGUGUCAUGGAGAACCGCAAUGGCUGUGUAAGCAAUCGCGUUAUGAGCAAGAUAAUUAAUGUUACUCCUGCCCCUGCAUUGGUAGACGCCUACAUAAGAGAAAUCACCAAGGCAUAUGGUGUACCCUGGUCGUCUCCCGAUGACCCUAAUCCCGCGAGCCUUGUCCAAGACAUGAAGGACGAACAAAAGGAAGACGUACCACCUACUGAUCCAACCGAAAAGACGGACGAAGCAAACAAAUCAAAGGAUCAAGGGAGUUCUUCUACAACUCCUGAACCAUCUUCAAAAGCAACAGACUCUAAAAAGUCUUCUGUUUCGAGUCCACCGCCGAUCGAGGACGAAUUCGAGGUUCUAUCCAGAAGGUUUGCUCAACUCAAGAAGCGAUAG